CUGAACGUGUUCGCACGUGCCGCACGGAUCUCGCAGCAGCUAAAAGCCAUCAACUCAGUUCAGUUCCACACCAAUCAGCACUUCAGUCGCAUCGUAUCAUCCCGAAAAAAACAAAAACAAAAACCAACAAAAAACAAACUCUGACCGCAAAGUGAAAGUGAAUGGAGAUGGAAAUCGAAAUGGAAAACUGACAAUCAAACGAACCAAUAGUGUGUGCGUGUGUGUGUGUGUGUGAAGAGGAGUAGAGUGGAGUGGAGUCAAGUGGAGUGUGGAGCAGGGAAAAAGCCAAAAAAAAAAAGAAAAAAAAAGGGGGGAAAGCGGCGGAGAUAACUUCAGAGAUUCAGUAGAAAACAUUUAAGGCCAAGACUUUGUGUUGCAAAUCAGUGUUCUUGUGUUCGCGCUUCCUCCUCAGUUGCCAUCCCUCAUGAACUUUAACCAACUCAAUCAACAAGCUGCACAACUUCGGUUGCAAAAAUCUAGCAAAUAGGCAUCAUCAUCUAGUUAAGGUUUUCCUUACCAUUACGAUUCGAUCAGCAUCCGUCGGCGAUAAAACGGUUUUUUUUUCGUUUUUUUAACAAUUUUUUUCACGUUCUAAAAAAAGUACAAAAAAAAAAAUAAAAAACAAAAUAGUUAGUGUUUAAGUGUGCUAAAAAGGCAAAGAGAAAGAAAAGAAACAGAGAGAUCCGAAGGGUGAAUGGAACCUGAAACCUAGCGAACUUCGACAGAGUUUAAGUAAAAUACCAAAGCGUGAAAAUUCCGAACACUUUGGCAUUACGUACUUAAAGUCGAGUCGCCAGGACUUCAGGAUCCAAGAGAGCGAGACUGGACACCUCGGACCACUGGAGUGGUUGGCCAAUUGCUUGGGUUAAAAUGCCGCUGGCGUUGCAGGAGUUGCAGCCCGCCUCCGCCGCCACGCCCCCGCCCCACUAGAGACUGAGCCCAUUCCUUGUGGGAGGCGGGGCAGACGACGGCGUCAACGGGACGGGACAGAACACACCACACAGGAUGGCGCAACCAUCGCCGCCAUUGGGCGACGCGGCAACAUCUGUGGCAACAUCAGUGGCAACAUCUGUGGCAACUCCAACGGCAAACGUAACGGGCGCGGCGACGGAAGCACCCGCCGCACUUUCCACAUCAACGGCUGCCACAUCCGCAUCCGCAUCCGCAUCUGUAUCCGCAACUGCAUCUGCAUCUGCAUCCGCAACGGCGAACGCAACGGCAUCUACAGGAGCCUCUUGGAUGCCGCAGCAACACCACCAGCAGCAACACCACCAGCAGCAGCAGCAACACCAGCAGCAGCAGGAGCAGCAGCACCACCAACAACAACACCAUUUGGUCGGAGGAUCGGAUGCGGGGAGUCCGACGAACGGCAGCGAUCCGCCGGCGGAGACCGUUGGCGGCCCCACAAUGUCCGCCGGCUUCCUGCCGCUCUACGACGACGAAGACGAGGAUGUGGAAACUUCGGCGGCGGCAUCAGCGGUGGAUCAGGUGCAUCAGGUGGAUCAGGUGGAGCCGGAGGAGAUGGAGGUGGAGGAGGAGGAGGACGACGGCUAUGCGCUGAUCGACGACAUCAGCGAUUGGCUGUUGGGUGCCAAUGGUGAUGGUGAUAUUGGUGGUGGUGAUGUAAAUACCACCGCCAGCACCACCAACCCGCUCGCCUCCAUUUCGAGUGCGGCGGCCAACGAGACGCUCAACUGGCUGGAGGUGAUCAACACCACGCUUCCGAAUCGCCAUGGCGGCUUCAUCAUCAGCAACUCCAGUGCGGAUGAGGUGGCGACCACGGCGACGGGUCACGCGGCGGACUUGGAGGACCUGGAGGAGCGGGGGGAGCGGGGCCGGUACACGCUGCGCAGCUUCGUCGAACAGCAGCUGGCUGGAGGCGGUGGCCAAGUGGGCGGUGCGGGGGGCGUGAACAUUGGCGGCGGUGGCGGAGGCGAUGCUGGCAUCGCGCUCAUCGACAGCGGCGAGGAGGCGGCGCUGGACAACGUGGCGGAUGCGGAAACGGACUACGGACUGCUCGGCGGCUUCGGGGAUGCCGAACUGCUGGCGCGUACCGCUUCGGCGGCCCGCGAAACGCUCACCAAUCGAACGGCGAAUAGCUACGAUGGCGGAGGAGGAGGAGGAGGAGGAGCAGCAGGAGGAGGAUUAGGAGGAGGUGGAGCAGGAGGAGCAGGGGGAAUCGGAUCUGGGGGCAGCACGUUCAUGCUGCUGCUCGAAAACUUUAACGAUUAUUUUCCCAAUUACAAUGGGAGUGCGGUUUCGGGAACAACAACACUUUCGCCAAGUGCUGCCAUUGUGGGCGGUAGGGGCGGGGCCACUGGGGGUCUGCUCCUCGAGCAGAACCUAACGGGACUCUACCUGGACACCUACCGGCUGAACUGCACCAACGAGACACUCAACCUGACCGACUCCUGCGCCGAACUGCGAGUGGUCGACCACAACUACUGGGCGCUCAUCCUGAUUCUGUUCCCCAUCCUGACCCUCUUCGGCAACAUCCUGGUCAUCCUGUCCGUCUGCCGCGAGCGUUCCCUGCAAACAGUCACGAAUUAUUUUAUAGUCUCGUUGGCCAUCGCCGAUCUCCUGGUCGCCGUGGUCGUGAUGCCAUUUGCUGUCUAUUUUCUGGUAAAUGGAGUUUGGGCCCUGCCCGACGUCGUUUGUGAUUUCUAUAUAGCCAUGGAUGUGAUAUGCUCUACUUCAUCGAUAUUCAACUUAGUUGCCAUCUCCAUAGACAGAUACAUCGCUGUGACACAGCCAAUAAAGUACGCCAAGCACAAAAAUAGCCGCCGCGUUUGCCUUACAAUACUGCUGGUUUGGGCCAUUUCGGCUGCCAUCGGUUCGCCAAUUGUUCUGGGCCUAAACAACACGCCCAAUCGCGAACCGGAUGUGUGCGCCUUCUACAACGCCGACUUUAUACUCUACUCCUCGCUGAGCAGCUUCUAUAUACCCUGCAUCAUCAUGGUGUUUCUCUACUGGAACAUUUUCAAGGCGUUGAGAAGUCGGGCGCGGAAACAGCGGGCGGCUAGGAAGCCGCAUUUAUCGGAACUCACCGGUGGCAGUGUGAUCGAGAACAUCGCCCAAACCCGAAGGCUGGCCGAAACGGCCCUGGACAGCAGUCGGCAUGCCAGCAGGAUAAUGCCAGACGAGGCGGCCACCAACACGGCCAGUGGAUCCAACGAGGAGGAGGACGAGAACGCCAUCUCGCCGGACAUCGACGAUUGCCACGUCAUCGUGAACGACAAGUCCACCGAGUUCAUGCUGGCCACCGUCGUCGAAGAGACCGGCAACAGCGUUGUGGCCCAAAUUACAACACAGCCGCAACUGGUCGUCGCCGAUCCGAAUGGUAAUCAUGAUUCUGGUUAUGCUGCCUCAAACGUUGACGAUGUCCUUGCAGGAGGCGUGGCCCCCGCCUCCGGCGCCUCAGCCACCUCAGGCACCUCGGCCGCCCAGCGAACGACGAGCAGCGGCUCCCCGCCGGACAGCCCGCUCCCCAGUGGCGCCACCCUCCAGCGGUCGAGCGUCAGCAGCCAGCGGCGCAACACCGCCGACGACUCGCCGAAGCGCGGCGAGCCGACCCUCAGGUCAGUCGGGGUCGAUAACUCCAGCGUCGCCAUGAAGCCAUUGUCCUUUGUCCGUUACGGAGUGCAGGAGGCCAUGACUUUGGCACGCAACGACUCCACGCUAUCGGCAACAUCGAAAACGUCCUCGCGCAAGGAUAAGAAGAAUUCGCAGGCGUCAAGAUUCACGAUAUACAAGGUGCACAAGGCCUCGAAAAAGAAACGCGAAAAAUCGUCGGCGAAAAAGGAACGCAAGGCCACCAAAACAUUGGCCAUUGUUUUGGGUGUCUUUCUGUUCUGCUGGCUGCCGUUCUUCAGCUGCAACAUUAUGGACGCCAUGUGCGCCAAAUUCAAGAAAGACUGCCGACCAGGCCUAACCGCCUACAUGAUGACCACCUGGCUGGGUUACAUCAACAGCUUUGUCAACCCGGUCAUCUACACGAUAUUCAAUCCCGAGUUUCGCAAGGCCUUCAAGAAGAUCAUGCACAUGGGGUGAUUAAAAACGCCAAUCAGGUCAAUAGUAAAUCUAGCAAAUAUAGCAACUAUAGCAAAUACAGCAAAAAACUCAAAAAUCACAAAACAACAAAUCACACGAAAAAGCAAUGGAAAUGAGCAACAGGUUCUUCGCACGCGGAGAGCCCUGUACUUUGUGGAAUGGAUUGACUGUACUCAACUGUCUGGUGGCAAAUUGUGCCAAAAGCAGGACCUCAAGAUCUCAAAACGCCAAUCGUCGAUUGGCAUUGGGCAUUGGGCCUUAGUUAUCAGUUUCAUUAAGGUUCAGCUACUUACUAUAUGUAAAUGUAAAUAGAUACUGUACAUAGACACUAAGUGGAGAACGCAUUACGAGCUGUAGGCUAGGUACAAUUUUUAACAAUUAACACUUAAGCGCCCCCACAGUAAACACUCGAAAACUAGCGAUAAGAAUACGAUUCGCUUUAACAGGUUACAAACAAACAAAAAAGAGAACGUAGUGUUUUUUGUAGGCUGCUCCCGAAAACCUAAAAAACCUAUCACAUAUCACGAGCAGCAAGCUAAUUCCCACCCAAUCACAGCACAAAACAGUCCCUUCCGAAUCCCAAAAAAAAUCUAUAGUAUAUGUAACUAGAUAAUGUAAACUAGAUAAGCGUAUAAAUCAUAUCCUUAAAGGCUAACUUUUUGGGUUUUGCUGGCGAUAAUUGUUCCAUAUCGAUACGCGGUAUCGGUACCCUAGUCUAAGUUAGUUAGUUCAUAAUUAGAUAAGCCAGAAGCGUAGAUAAUUGGAGAGUUACAGAGUUAGAAAGUUAGAGAGUUAGCAAGCGGUUCCUUGAGGUCGGCGCCUUCCAAGCCACAAACACAUACGAAUGUUCCAAGUUAGUUGGUUGAAUAACAAAUUGGAGUAGUAUUUAUCGCCAGAGUGACACGCACACAAACACAAAAAGACACCAUAAAUCAAAUGAGCCCCACAAAUAAAUACAAUAUCGAAUGGCGCCGAUCCCGAUGAAGCUGCCGCUUAAAACACACACACUUUUUUGUUUCCACCUUCCGUUCUCAGUAGAUAUCAAAGAGGAAAAACCAGAUAGUAACAAGAUAAUAUAGGAGCAUUUAAACAUCCAGAGGUCGUAACUAGUUCGUAAUCACUCUGCCUAGACGUAAGAACAAAGAGAAUAGUAUAUCCAUUAGCUAUGUAUGUCAGAUAGUACCAAGGGGGUUUACCUGUACACUAAGUAGGUUGCCAGGAUGCAUAGCAAGGAUUUCGGGGGAGGGGGUGGGGAAAGGGGGCGGGAGAGGGAGAAUCAGGGUAUCUAGAGCCAAGGCUACCAAGUUGCUAGAAGCAAUACGCGGGGGGGAAUAUAAUAAUAAGGAAUAAGAAAUAAGUAUUAAGGAGUAGGGAUUAAGGAUUAAGGAUUAAGGAUAGGGAGCCGAUCCACCACCACAGCAGAUAUACUCGUAAAUGUAUAGGGAAACAUACAUAUAGUAUAUGGUAUUUAUACUCGUAUAUCAAAACUGAGUUUUGAAACAAGGACCAAAACCUUUAAUCGGCCCAAAAAGGAUUCAAAGUGGCUUGGCCUCUGAACUUCAAAGGAUUCUGGCGGAUGGAAAGGCGUUUGGUCGUUGGUUUCAACAGCCGUCCUCUUAACUGUUUCUAUGUGACAAAUAAUUGAUAGGUAAAUUACUCCUACGUGUGCGGUAGUUUGUAAAACAAUUCCAUUUAAUAUACGCCCUAAGCUCGGAUUUUGUGUACUUAGGCUUUAGCGAUAAGCAAUGGCUCGCAUUUCCAUGGAAAAUUCCCGUAGGAAACUCGAGGAAAAGCUCAACAGACAGUUUUUAUACUUUCCUAAAAACUCCAAUAUACAUAUACAUAUAUAUAGUAUAUACAUAUAUAGAGUACUUUGGUGUGCAUGUGUGUGCGUGAGUGUGUUGUCUUGUUGUAUUGGUGAGUGUAUUUUUUUCAGCGGUAAUCUUAAGCCUUAAAGUUAAGGAAACAGGUUCAACUUUCAGAUCGGUGCGAAAUGCUUUUAAGUUAGGUUCUUCCAAAGAAAACGCUUAUUAAUUAUAGCUAAUUGGUAAAUUUGUAACUUGAACUAACUACUUAUACGUAUGUACACCAAAUACACACACACUAACAAACAACACAAGCACACACACACACACAUACACACUAUUAUUAUUAUUGUUGAUUUAUCGAAAUUGUAGCCUGAGUUUCCGAGUCGUUGAAUUGUUAUCUGUUAUCGUUAAUUUGUGAAGGAUAUAGCAUAAUUUUAAGGUCCCUCCGUAGCGAGAUAUCUCUACCAAGUAAAGCAAAUAUAUAAAUAUAUAUACAAGUUUGUAAAAUAACUGAAAAAAAAAAAGAAAUGGAACAUGGAAACGGAAAAACUGAAAUGAAAACUAUUUUAAAGAAAUUGACAAGAGAUUUGUUUUUUUUUUUCUAGAAAAUUAUGAGAAUUAUUAACUAAAUGAAACGUAGGCUAAGCUCUAAGAAAAGCAAACUAUUUCAAAAAUAAUUAUCAUAGCUUACGGAAAUAAUAAUAGCGAAUAACAACAAUAAAUGAUACCGAAUAGGAUGCGUCAGCAUAAGAAUACAUCAAAUAAAUAAAGCAAAACUGA